CUGUACCAUUUUUUGAAUAACUGCAAAUAAAAACAAUAAUGUUUAUUCAAGAUGAUGAAAAUAUGUAACAUAUUUUGUUGAAUAUUCCAGGAUCUGUUGCUGCCCCUGGUGUUGGUUUUUGUAAGUGUAGCCUAGGUAGUGCUUUCCCUCUAUACCUUGCAUAUCCAGAUGAAGAUCCAACAAGAGUCAAAGUUCUUGAUGUUGAAACCAACCAGGAGGUUGCUUCACUUCAACAAAAGGCAGGUGAAGACCAGAAAUUUGGAAUGUGUAUGUGUAUGAAACUUUUAAACACACAAGUACUUGAAGGAAAGAACCUACUUUUAUGUGGCUAUGAAAGUGGUUCUGUUGCAUUGUGGGAUUGGAGAAAUAGGCAGAUUAUCUCAGAAAUGAAAUGUCACAAUGAACCGGUCAUUUGUCUCGAUUUUGAUGAAUGUUACCGCCACCAAGGAGUCAGUGGCUCUGCCGAUAAAGACUUGUCUCUGUGGGAAUUAAUUCAACCUAGUCAGCUUAAAAUGAAACAAAAAGUUAUGGUGACUAACCCUGGCAUCUCUGCUGUAGCUAUCCGUUCAGAUGCAAAAAUUGUAGCAACAGGUGGUUGGGAUAAGAGGCUCCGUAUAUUUUCCUGGAAAACAAUGAAACCUCUUGCAGUGCUUGAUUAUCAUGGUGGAACUGUUGAAGCACUUCAAUUUUCCACUUCAUCCGUUGGAAGGUAUUCACGGCUUUUAGCUGCAGGGUCGAAAGAUGGGAAAAUCAGUCUGUGGUCUCUGUAUAAUAGUUGACAAAAUAUAUUUCUUUAUUUUCAGCAUGAUGAUAAA